AUGGCCCCCACAAAGUUGCUAUUUAUUCAUGUGGUGAUAUCAUCAGAUACGAUUCUGCUGGUUGGCCUUUUGAACGUUGACGGAUUCUAUGACCCUAUUCUGUCUUUCAUCGACUUGGCUGUCAACGAAGGUUUCAUCACGGAGGCAGCGAGGCACAUCAUCAUCUCAGCCCCAACAGCUAAGGAGCUAGUUAUGAAGUUGGAGGACUAUGUCCCGGAGUAUGACAUCGGCUUGGUCUGGGAGGAGCAGAAAGCCCAACAGCUUGGUCCCUGA